GGAAUGGCAGAACUUUCGAGGCAUUCGAUAUAUCGUGAGUUUCAAAUUUAAUGCAUAUAACGGAAUAUUUUUUCCUCGUAUUAAAGGUUAGUGUAACAUGAAAAAUAAAAUACCGGGUACCCCUUUGCAUGGUGUCUUUAUAUUAUUUCUAAAUUUUCAACAAGGACGUAAUUUCGAAGUUGUUGCAUGGAAAUGCGAAAUGUCAAUAACGAAAUACAUGACGCAUUACCAAAGGCUUAGGAAAUCGGAGUAAUAGUGCUAAGUAAUAGGUAAAUAGAAUCAGCGCUUAUUCGCUCGAGAAUGCCCACGAACAUACACCUAAAAUACAAUAGUAAGCAAUAACUAACUGUAAGAUGAAUAAAAUUUAUUGUCACAACACUUCAGUGGAGAAAAAAAGAAAGCACAGACAACGGCAAUCUUUAUGUAAACGGAAAAUGUGACACAUAGUUUCCCAAUCUCAAGGCUGAAAGCGAACACUCAUUAUCGAAUGCCUUAAAAAAAGGAUUUAUACCUAGUGUUCUAUGCAUAUUAUUUCACACUGUUUAUUAAACAGAGCUACAUUGGCUUCAACACUUGCGGUAAUCGAAGAGCAGUGCGAUGUGUCGAUUUCUCCAUGGUACAUUUAUGGAGCAGAACUUAGCAUUGAGAAUACAUCUUUUGUUCAUAACCAGUAAGCACAGAGUAGGCCUCGUGAUAAAUAAGCUAAUAACAAUGCGGCGGUGUAAAUAUUUACCUCUAAUGGAUCACUGGAGGUAGGUCGCGAUUACGCAUGUAAGUCCACCGCAUUAUUUUUUAGAAUGAGUAGGUAUUUGCAAACUGAGAGCAGUGGAGCUAGAACGCUUCUUUUGUUUUAACAUGCUGUUUCGCUAUUACUUGCGCUCAACUUAGAAUAUUUUAGAGCACCCUCCUCCUUCGUUUCAAGGAGGUUCUGUGAAGGUGCUUUCUCCAGGGCGAUGACUUAAUUGCCAGGGAAACGCUCUAUCUGCACUUUUACUGCGUUUGGUGUCUAUGUGCUUCCGCGAAUAAGAACCAAGAAUUGUAGACACCGAUAGAUAAAUCGACCUCUUCUCUUCGGGGCCAUAUGAUAUAGAUAGAGCUUUUCGCUUUAAGAUGCAGGCACUCCGGCAUGUUUGCGUAGAUAGCUGUAUUUGCAGGACGGGCGGACAGCAGCGACGGUUCCAGAGACGUCGCCCUUCGUCGUGCAGUACUCUCCAACGCCGGUAUCUGGAGUUGAGCGAGCUGCAGUGUACUGGCAAGUUCAAGAAUACAGUCAAAUUUCAAGUUCCGCAAGGUCGAGGACCAGGUUAAGUCUUUCUAGGACGGCGAAGGUGUUCAGCGGAAGAAUUGAAUGGAAGUGAAGGUUCUGUGCUGACUACAAUUAAGCUGGGUUUUUAAAGAAUGCUUUGCAAGCAUCAAUAAGUCAAACUUUUUGCUAAGGUUGUCAGAAGGCGGAUGGGAUCUUUGAUACUUGUCGAAGCUUCCAAGUUUGAGAACAUUAAUUAGCACAAGCAUUUCAGUCCUCAUACAAAGUCCAACGUGUUCGCAGUAAGUCAAGGGCAUAACUUCUAAAGGGAAGAACGACUCGGAAUACAAUGAAAUGUGAAUAAAUGCUGCUCAUACCCGAACAAGAUUUUUACGGCGAGUCAAACAUACGACGAAAACGAAAGAAGGAAGAUACAAGAAAACGAGAGUGAAAGGAAGCUAAUGUUUUCUGGAAGACAGCACACAACCUUUGGGAAUAUUAUUAGUAAGUCAAGCGGUGUUAGUUCCGAGUAAUUCGCUGGCCUAAGGCUGGUAUUUGAAGCUGUCCACAGGAACAUCGUCGCUUGAAUACACGGAAACAGUGGCCGUGAAAGUAAUUUGCAGAAAAUGCUGCGCCAAGCUUUAAGAUAGGCGCAAGGAAGUGGUCGUUGGUGAUCCUGUGUGUUUUGAAAUUGCGUAAGCAAGUACAAGAAACAUAAAAGCGAGAUUUAAAUACGAUUCGCCUGUCCUGGAACUGAGAAUUGGGUAGCAGAAAGUGCACACUUACUAAGCACGAGUAUUUCGUCAGAAUAUAGACGCGAAUGUACUGCCUCAUUGGUCAGUAAUCCCCGACACCCGUGGUGCGAAGAUAACUGAAGCACAUGCGACAGAACUUCCGUAAUACGAGAGAUAGUUGCUACAUUACGUCAACUAGGGCACCAGCGCAACGCUGCUUAAAAAAAACUGAAGGGAAAGGAGGAAGAAAAACAAGAUGGCGGCGCACACCUUUGUGGCAUUGGACUAUGUGGUGCUCGUGUCCUUUCUCCUGCUGUCGGCGGGAAUCGGCGUGUUCUUCGCCUGGCACGACCGCCGUGGGAAUUCCAACCGACGGUUCCUGACAGCCAACAAGCAGAUGAACUGGCUGCCGGUGUCCCUCUCCAUGACAGCCAGUUUCCUGUCGGCCGCUUCGGUCCUCGGUCUGCCUUCAGAGGUGUUCGUGCGUGGUUCAACUUUCGGGCUUGGUGUCAUAUCUACCACUCUAGCGAUCCUCAUGGCUGCGUUUAUCUUCAUGCCGAUGUACUACAAGAUGGACAUCACCAGUAUUAACGAGUAUCUGGAGAAAAGGUUCACUUCACGGGUCAUCAGGAAGAUAGGGUCCAUACUUUUCAUCGUGCACACGCUGCUCUACCUGGGCGUUGCAUUAUACGGUCCGUCACUUGCCCUCGGGUCUGUGACCGGUUUCCCGGUAUGGUCUUCCAUACUCUUGAAUGGCGCCGUCUGCACAUUCUAUACGUCAAUAGGCGGUAUUAAAGCAGUGGUGUGGACUGACGUCGUCCAAGUGGUCCUCAUAUAUGUCGCCUACAUCAUGGUUAUUGCAACUGGUCUGCACCACUUAGGAGGCUUCGGCGCUAUGUGGCAGAUUGCAAGCGAUGGAGGCCGCCUAAUAUUCAAUAACUUCAGCGUAAGCCCAUACGAGACCUACACGGUGUGGACCAUGGUUUUUGGCUGGACCAUCACCUGGAUGGGCAUGUACUGCGCCAAUCAGACGCAGGCUCAGCGCUACUCGAGCAUAGGAUCACUGAGGGGUGCCCGCAAGGCUCUCAUGCUAAACAUUCCGGGCAUGGCACUCAAUGUAACGAUGGCCGUGUUGUCGGGGCUGACCCUGUAUGCCGUGUACGGCAGCUGCGAUCCCAGGCUCACGGGUGACAUCCGCAAGGCAGACCAGCUCGUGCCGUACAUAGUACAAGACAAGCUCCAUGAGUACCCCGGCCUGAGCGGUUUGCUGGCUGCUGCUGUCUACAGCAGCUCUCUCAGCACGCUCUCAUCCGGAUACAACUCUCUAGCGGCUGUGACGUGGGAGGACUUCCUGCGGCCUGCGAUAAAAACUUCUGAAGCAUCUGCUUUGCGGAUAACAAAAUUGACGGCUGCUACCUACGGACUUCUUUCGAUAUCAAUUGCAUUCCUCGUUGGAACUAUGGGAUCCAUUGUGCAGGCUGCCUCAUCCCUGUCAGGUGCGCUGUGUGGUCCAAUGGUGGCCAUCUUCGUCUUGGGCUUCCUUUUUCCCUGUUGCAAGAAAAAGGGUGCCAUCGCUGGAACGGUGGUGGCGAUAAUAAUCUCUAGUUGGAUGUCACUUGGAUCAAUUGUAUACCCGCGGAAACCGUAUACUCUGCCCACGACCACAACGGGCUGCGCGGAUUUUAACGAGACCAUCAUAUCCGGAUCAUACGAACCACCUCCACAUCCAAGCGGGAUCUACCAGUUUUACCACAUAUCUUUCAUGUGGGUCGCCUUCGUUGGAUUCGUCGUCCACGUGGUAGUCUCAUUGGCCGUAAGCCUAGCCUUCGAAUGGAAUGAGUCGGAGUAUGUAGAUCCAAUGUACGUAUGCCCUCUCGUCCGGAAGUAUAUGCGGAAGAACCUGAGCCAACGAAAUACGAGAGGCGACAAUGUCAAGGAAGUCGUGCCAGCGAAUCCAGCGGCCGCGAUGGAAAUUAAAGCCUUGAUCUUGGAGCACAAGGAACGUGAUUAACCACAGUGCAGAGGAGAGUUUAUCAUCAAAAGACACAUAUCCUCUCUAUUAAUGGCGACAAGCAGGAUAGACAGCACGCUGACUUCUAGUCAAAAGGCAUUUGUGUCAACAAUAGCCUGUAAUAUUUCUCUUGCUCUGCUUUGAUUAUUCAAGAAACAUAGGCCGAAUUUUCCAGGCUGUAGGAACACAUAUGAAGGAAAAAUAUGCCGUCUACCUUGGUGUAGCUGAAGAACAUUCGUAAUUUGAGGAAAUACAAAGAGAACUACGCAGUUAUAUAAUGGCCCUGUCCACGGUAUCGAAUGAUGAAGACCAAACAUUUCAUGCUUGUCACGCUGACAAACGCGCCCGUUAGAAUACUAGGAAAAGCCUGGUUCGCAUCACAUACUAGUAAACCAUAAGUUCCCGGAAUGUUUAGAACAAAGGAGUUUGGAAAAUUCAGGAAGGUGAAAAAAGCGAAACGGAACGAUGAGAUCUUCACGGGAACAAAAUGUAGCCAUAGGGUAACUUGGGGCCCUAUAACGUAAAACUAUUCCAAUAUGUUUCUAUUCCAAUCUCCUGACGUCAAAUUUGCGUAACCACCGACGCAAGCACCGGGCGGUCACCCGCAGGGUUGUGUGAACACACCAAUAAAACGCUCUCCUCGUUCAUAGGAGGUCACUUUUGUUUGCUUCAAAAACGAAUAACAUUGCCGACAUUGAGCGGCUUGGCGUAUCUAAUUGGCUGACAAGAGGCGAGGAGAACGCUCAAGUGGAGAGGGAUUCGAUGGGGCAGAGCCAGUGCACUGAAAAUUGAUAACUGGAUGAAGAGGGUGGUGGCGGCGUCUGCGGUUGGUCGGCUUUCCCUUACUUAGCUUGCGGUGGCUGGUCGAAAAAUCGCGGCGGCAUGCAACGGAAGCUUAAGAAUGACGCUAAAGCAAAGAAGAGUUGGCAGAAUGAGGUGGUAAACGUGCCGAAAAUGCUCGAAAACGUUACACGGUCACGCAAGAAGCAUUAUUAUGCGCAAAUACACCCAUCCUCUCCGGCAGGCGCGAGUAGCCAGCGCCUGAGCGGUCGGCGGCAGCCAUCUUAUAUUCCUUUCAGAACGGGGCAGCCUGCGGCUAUUCAGAAGAAAAUUGAGUUUUGUUCGGCAUAUUAAUGCAUCUCUAAUGCGUACACGUGACUUUGACGCGGUGAGUUUUUGCGGUUUUGUGACGUCGCGUAACAGGCAGGUGAAGUUGGUGCAGCCCGAAAACUUUUGACCAAUAGCCGGGGGCUAAUGGCGAAAAGGCGUCGAAUCAGAAAUAACAGUUUUUCUUUUUUCUGUGAAAUCAUGCAUAAUCAGUGUGUACACAUCAUGUCAGAUGGGGAGGUAUCGUGACGUCGCUUGACAGACAAGUGAAGUGGGGUUGGUCGAAAAAAGUUUUUGACCAAUCGUGGAGCGCUGAUAGCAGAAUUGGAAUAGAAAAGGUUGGAAUAGUUUUACGUUAUAGCGCCCUUGGUUAAGGCUACGACAAAAAAUAUAUACGAUGACUAACUGACACGAGGGCAAAACAGCUUUUGUACGCGACAAAACAUCUUUUUCUUCCGUUAUCUCUAUCUACAAACGAUGGUAUCUUUUGCGGCGGCUGGUGGGGCAGUGAGGGGAACACAGGGAAACACGUGUGCCGGACAGUCAUUUUCUUUGAUUUAACGGAUGCGUUUGACUCUGAAGGAAGAUGUAUUUCAAAAUGUUGCUGUAUUAUAUUGUUACCGGGUGUUUCAAGUUAGUUGAUUAAAAUGUAUUUAUAUUCAUGGCCGCAAUUUGUGUCGUUCAAUAAAGUUGACUCCCAAAUACA